CAAGUUCUUUGUGAAAGUGAAUACGUGAUCCAUGAUUUCACCUUCAAAAAUCAACCCCAAGCAAGUGUUUGAAUAGUGUGAUCUUAUUGUGCAUCGUCACCAAGUGCACGGCGUAGAAUCGAAAGAAAGUCGCAUCCUGAUUUUUCUUCAACCCCCUUUACUCGAAAGGAUUCAUGCACGUAACAAAAGCACCUGCAGCACUACAACUACUACUACCCCAACCGCUGCUAGAGUGCAACCACACAGCGCGGCGAGUCCUGACAGGUUGGACCAGCAAGGAACAGGACACGCAGUCGAGCCGGUUGGAGAGAAUUUAAAGAUAAAUAUAGACAGCGCCAGGGACAAAAUGAAGAAACUCGAUACCGAUUUAUGACUCGUAAAAACCAGAUCGGGUGGCUGUAAACUAAAGGUGACGACCCGUUGUCUACCGGCGGCUUCAACCGUGACGACCUACCAGCUAGCACCACCGACUAUACCCCCUCCCCAACCACCGACUCCGACCAACGACGAAGACGACGGAACUGCAGUCACCUUCGAGCUGGGUGCGGGAAGCGGACCCCCCACAAACAUCACCACCAAUCCCUCCUUUUCCAUCAGUAGCAGCAGCAGCAGCAACAACAGACAUAACCAUAACCAUCCACAGUCACAUCAAGAACAAGCCGAAACUGCCACCCGAAGAAUCGAUAACAGCCACUACUAUAAUAGCUCAACGAACGACUCCGGCAUCGAUAUUCAGGCGCCGGGCGCAGAAACAUCAGGCACCGUGGACCGGCCCGCGACGGAAUACGUACGGAACAAGAGUACGACGCGCAGUUGGCCGGUAAUACACCGGAACAACUCGUACCGGUACCAGCUACAGCCGUCGGGACAUAACCACCGGCGGCAACAAUCGCACCAAUACUAUCAAUAUGACUACGACGCCCUAACCGGUGCGAACUGUCCCUCAAAUGAUACCAACAACAACAUCAACUUUACCCUGAACGAAGAUUAUCUAGUCAACAAUAGCAGUUACGAUAAAUCGCCCAGCAUUGAUAGCUAUUAUUAUCAGCACUAUAGGCCUAGUAUGCAACAGUCGACCACGACCAUGACCACGACUACUGCAGGACAGGGCGGCGCCACCAUCACUUCUACCGCACACCACCAAACCCAAGCCGGCACGGCGACCUGUUGUAUGAUGCCACCACCGGUUCUAUUCCUAUUCUUCACAUUGCUGAUGACCUCGAGCGCGACGGCCAUGCUCUGCGCCGCCAUCAUGACCGAUCACUGGGAGCACGUGUCCUGGAACCGGGACCACCUGGAACGACUCGCAAACAAAUCGUCCAUCGAGCUGCAGUGGUACCUGGACGGCCGGGCGGCCAAGUUCUCCCUGUCCGAGAUGCACCGAAAGUCCGGAGACGCUAGGAGAAAAGAUCUUGACCUGCCACGACGCUACGGCUACGGACCUCGGAACAACAAACCGUCGCCAGUGGACAACCGAGCCAACGUGUUCCUGGUGCCGAUGAACGGCGGCAUCUGGACGCUGUGCGUCGAUCUCACGCCCGACGAGCUCCGGUCAAUGUCCGAAGACGGCUUCCCGCAGGUCGACCAGUGCGUCAACUAUCUCGCCGGCAAUACCGACAACGGCGCCCAACCGAACGCCAACGAAGAAAAUACCCGUGCCGAAUGGCAACACAGUGAGUUCCAGCCCUCAUUACAUCCGCAUUUAAGAAUGCAGAACCUGUCGAUCUCCUGCUCACUGGUGUGCCUUAUCAUCCUGGGUAGUGCCGCCCUGGUCGGGGCAUUUGGCGUGUGUCAGCGGCAGAUCAGUGCCGUGCUGGUUACCGGCGUGAUGUACUUGUUGGCCGCUCUGUUUGCACUGUUCACGCUGAUGAUAAUACACUUCAAGCGCCAGCAAGGACGUCCGCUGACGGAGAUCGACUACGGCGUGUCCAUCGACGGCGUGGUCGCCAUCAAGCCGGACUAUCUGUACGCUCAGCCGCUGCUGGACGCGCGGGUCAUCGUAACCGCCUGGAGCCUCGACCUCGGCUGGGGUGGCGUCGUUCUGUGCGCCUUCACCGCGUUCCUCUGGAUACUGCUGUCCAAGAUCAUGAGAUUCAACCCGCUGUCGGCAAUGAUUUGAUGAUUCAAAAUCAAGUUCAACAAGGUGGCCGUCUACAAUGUGACAUAGGCAAAUGCGUCGCGGCGGUGCGUGAUCUGUGGUUAAUAGGUACUUCUCUGCAUGUUCCAAGAUUGUUUUACCCCCAUCCACAACACGCUCUACAGCCAUUGAAGAAGAACCAACAACUAGACUCUCCCUUCCUCCCUCCACCCCCACAUCUUUGAAAUCGAUCAGUAGUGUGGCCUAUCCAGUUUAAGAUACACACUAACAUACCACGUACAUAUUAAAAGAAAAACACCCAUCUAACGAAUUCAAUACCACCUCUUUGUAGAACAAAUCAAA